CAUGUGUUGUUUUUAAGGUUCUUUAUCGCCUUUUUCCCCUUUGGUCAAGACAUACACAAAUGGAUGGUAUCUUUUUUGAUUCUGGUGUUUGCGCGCGGUCGUUAAUUCUCUGGCGCGUUCCCCCCUUGGCAGGGGUCGGCGGGUAUAUCCACUUCUUCGGGGGCCACGCAGCAACGACGGGCAAGAGCAAGUAAUGAACAGGUUCGUAUUCGCGAGGCUUAGGUGGGAGGGCACGGGCGCCUUGCCAGCGGCAAGCAUCAGGAGCGUCAUCAAGGGCUUGGAUGCCAGGAGGCUCAACACUCCUCGGUUCCACACCCACGUUUUGCUCUGAUUGAGGUCGAUGGACGUGAAGACCACAAGGUGGUGGGAGAGCCGGUCAGACAGAAGUUCAUGCAGUGUGUCGCGUGCCACAAAAUCUGCAAUUCCAGUGCGCCUGCCACGAAAUCUGCUGCAUUUUUUGUAUUUUUCCCGUUGCCUACCGUUGCCUAUGGCGUGCUUUGCAAGCAAAUUCCACUGGACAAGUUCCCAUCUCCGCUGGUGAUCCUUGCGCUGUCAGUGUUGGGGUGUGCUUUUGGGGUUUGGUAUGGCCAAUUGUGCAGCGAAAUGGGAACGCAUUGCGUGCAGUGCUCACCGCCACCUCCCUUGUUCCCUCAGAAUCUUGCAUGUCAACGGCGAUGGGCAGUUUUCAUUCACCUGUGACUUCUGAGUUCAAUGUUUU